CCCGAGGAGAGCCAUUUAGGCGCCAGCGACAACGGCGCUCCACGACACGCUGCAGUGCGUCUCCUCAGCUAUCGUCGCCAGUCGCGCAGGCUACGCGAACGGUUCAACGGAGGGCUUUGCUCGGCCGCGCGACCCUCCACCACGAAACCGACUCGCCUGGGCCCCUCUCCGAACGGACGCAGUCAGCUGGCCGUAUCCCCCCUCGGCUUUCAACCGAUUGCGACGCGGCAAUUACGGUAACAGUGCGCAACAGUGUGUCGAGCUCUCGACCCAUUUCUGAACUGCAGCGUCGGCGCUUCGAUCCCUUCAGGCGGCGGCGGUGUUGCGACCGGUCCCCACCUGGUGGCCCCCUUGCCAGGCCGCAGCAGCUCACACCCAUGGGUCUCACGUCGAUAGUCGAGCCCCCAAAGUCCGAGGGGGCCCGCGAGGCAGAGCGCGUCUCCUCCUCGGUCGCCAAUGGCGUCGCGAUGAACGGGGGACCCGAUUCAGUUGCCAUGGAGCCGCCGCGGGACGCAGAGGAGCGGCAGCUCGUCGAGUCCAUGGCGCGCGACUACCGGUCCCUUCUCGAGAAGGUGGGCGAGAACCCCGACCGCCAGGGGCUGCGCCGGACACCCGAGCGGGCCGCCAAGGCCAUGCUCGCGUUCACCGCCGGUUACAGCCAGGACGUCCGAGAUGUAGUCAACGAUGCCGUGUUCCUGGAGGACCACGACGAGAUGGUCAUCGUCAAAGACAUCGAGAUGUUUUCGCUAUGCGAGCACCACUUAGUGCCCUUCAUCGGAAAGGUGUCCAUCGGGUACCUGCCCAACAAAAAAGUGCUGGGCCUCAGCAAGCUGGCCAGGAUUGUGGAAGUGUUCAGCAGGAGGCUCCAAGUGCAAGAGAGGCUAACCAAACAAAUUGCGAUGGCAGUAACGGAAGCAGUCGGUCCCACCGGUGUGGGUGUGGUGAUACAAGCAACGCACAUGUGCAUGGUGAUGCGUGGCGUGCAGAAAGUGUCGAGCAAGACCAUCACGAGCUGCAUGCUGGGCGUGUUCCGGGAGGACCCCAAGACGCGCGAGGAGUUCCUCAAGCUCGUGCUAGGAGGCCAGUGAAUGCGAGACCAAGUCAACGGGUGGCGGGAGGGCCCGAGGUCACCACCCCGAGUGAAGAAAAAUGUGUUUUUGGCUUUUAUUGUCGUGACGCCGUGUGGCGGGCCCGUCGUACCCAUAGACGGGCUCCACAAAAAAAAGGAGAAAAAAAUAAAAUAAAACGCUGUUUGUGAGAGCA